AUGGCCAGCUGCUCAGUUCGCUUUGAGUUUUACUGCGGCGAGACUCAAGAGCUCAAAUACACCCACGACCUUCCCCGCAGUCUUGUCAGCGAGGCUCAGACUGCAGGGCAAAACGCCGGCUAUAACAGUCUGUUUAUGACUGCAGUGCAGCCUUUCAUGAAGGAGCAUGAAGCGGCGUGUCGUGCCGCUUCAAAACCAUUUUGCGAAAACUGUGGGUUGUUUGCGAUGAACAUCUUGCAAAGCCCCAUGUCUUGGCUUCACGUGGCGGAGGAUCCUUUCGUUGGCGUCUGGGUCAGUCCCGUGUGCGGGAAAGGGGGAUGUGAGACGCGGAUACGGCAGGAAAUCCAGGAUACAAUGGCUGGAAUUGUUCAAGAGGAUCCGCAGCGAAGGCGGAGUACUUGUAUGGAAAUUUUGCCGUGCAACGUAUGUGGAACAACGGAAGGCAUGAAGAAAUGUGGUCGGUGUAAAGUUGUUGGAUACUGUGGGAAAGAGCACCAGAAGGCUGACUGGAAGAUUCACAAGAAGAUUUGUAUUCACAAGGGCAGUUAACCUGGCUGAAAAGCAGGAAAGAGAUAAGGUUAUGUAUCUGCGGGAGAUGGGGUCCUUUCAAGGUUAUGCCGGUGUAGGAAGUGAGGGUUCAUGAAACACAAUGCAAGAUUGAAAACGUCGUGCAUUGGAGACGCAACUUUGCGUCUGUAGAAUCAUGUAUCCCCAUCAUGACCAAAUGCCGAGUUCGCCUCUAUAAAGUAUGUGUG